ACAGGAGAGGAAGCCCAACGAAUCGGACUUCCAUUAUUUCACUUCCUAAUUUACAGCUUUUAAUGUCCUGUGCCUUAAUACUACUGCAUUUAUAACUUUCUGACUUCAGACUAAGCACUAUUUGGCGGCGCAGAGUUUGAUUUCAACUACCAAUCCUGACAGAUAUCAGCGGCAAGAUGUUUGCCACAAUUAAGGAAGCCCUGGGCACAGAGCGGUUGGAGAGUACCGGGCGGGGGGGUGGAGGAUGCAUCAACGAAGGAGAAGUGUUCAAGACGGACAAGGGACAGAUCUUCUUGAAGAGAAACUCAAAGUCAAAAGCUCGUGAGAUGUUCGAUGGGGAAUUUGAGAGCCUGAAAGCCAUUGUCGCCACAGGUGCAAUAAAAGCUCCUACGCCCCACUUGGUUGUUGAUAAUCCAGCUGGUGGGGCAGUCCUUGUUAUGGAAUACUUGGAUAUGCAUGGCCUGAAUAGACAGUCUGGAGCUCUCGGCGAACAGUUAGCCAGAAUGCACCUCCAUAAUAUAAAGAAAAUAGAGAAGUUUGACGAGAGCCGUGUUGGUGGCGGGGAGGAAGCAAAGCCUGUGACCCAGUUUGGAUUCUCUGUUCCAACCUGUUGCGGCUAUUUACCCCAGGAUAAUACGUGGAAUGAUGACUGGGUUGUUUUUUAUACAAGGAAAUUACAGGAGCAGCUUACAAUGAUUGAAAAAGAUUAUAGUGACCGUGAAGCAAGAGAGUUAUGGUCAAAGUUGCAGCGGAAAAUACCGGAAUACUUUAAGGACAUUGAAGUGAAGCCAUCACUUGUUCACGGAGAUCUUUGGAGUGGCAAUGCGGCAGAGACAGCUGAUGGUCCAGUUAUAUUUGACCCAGCUUCUUUCUACGGCCACCACGAAUAUGACUUGGGAAUCGCAGGGAUGUUUGGAGGUUUUAGUCGCAAAUUCUGGGAUGGAUAUCACAGUGUUAUUCCAAAAGCACCAGGCUUUAGCAACAGGCACAAGCUCUAUCAGCUGUUCCAUAACCUGAACCACUGGAAUCAUUUUGGAAGUGGAUAUCGAAGUGGAAGUCUGCAUUUGAUGAGGACCUUGUGCUAAAAAUGCAUUAUAAUAUUAAUAAAGUUGUUACAUUUGUAAGACUACUACACACAUGUAAUUACCAAUUCUACAUAGUCAAUUAUCUUCUGAUGUCCAGUUUUGUUUAGCAAUGUGCUGUCAUUAAUAUUCACUUGUAUUUUAUCAGUUUUGCUAUACUGUUAGAUGAAAAUAUGUUGUGUAUGCGAAAGAAAAUUACGUAAAUACUUAUCCAUUCCUGUGUUUAUCACUGACAUUAUCAAAAUACAUUCCUUUUCACCAUAAAAAGAAAAAAAUCCAUCUUCUGUAGUAUUAUAUCCAUUACUCUCUUUCCUUGUAAUGUAUCUAGUGGUAUAUUUUCUUGCAAAACAACAAGUUAGUGAUGAGCAGACCACAUGAAAAAGACAUGUAACGAAUAUUGAGUAGACUCGUAUGUAAUGACAUCCCUAUUUUGCAUGGAUGUAGGACCAUAUCUGUAAAGUGUAAAACAAGAAACACCUUCAGAUUGAUAUAUGAUAGUAUAUAAAGAAUGAAUUGCUAGGCUCAGUUGAAUUAUGGUAUAAUCAUAUGUCAUAGUAAGUAUUUUUAGAUAUUGAAUAUUUAGUUGUUUUUUCCAUAGUGUAUACUAUACUGUACAGAAAUAUAAGCAAUACUAUAAACAGAUCUAAAGUGUACCUAUGCUUGUACCAGAAAUAAUGCUUUAUGAUGCACUAGAGUACCAUAUGCAGGACUAUUUCAAUAUAGGUGUCAACUUGAACAACCAGUAAUUUAAUCUAUAUUCAGAGUAAUGUUCAUAUGAUAUAGUAAUGAAAUAUAUGUAAUUACCACAUAUGAUUACCUUUAUACCUAAAAAAAAGGUUAACUUGAGUUUCAUUUUGUGGUAUUUUAAGUAUUACUAUUUACUUACACAUUGUCAGUAAACAUUAUUAUUAAAGACAGAAUAUAUAUGUAGAUUACUGUAAGUGGAAAGUGGAAUUUCACAGAAGAAGAGAUUAUAUGAAAUCCUGAUGAUAUAAAUGCUGUUGUAAUUAUUAGUAGCUAUCUCUGUUUUGCUAUAAUUUAUUUACAUUGCAUAUAACAUAUCAAUGAUAUGUUAUAUGCAAUCUCUCUCUCUCCCCUCCCCCUCUUCCUCUUCCUCUCCCUCUCCCUCUCCCUCUCCCUCUCCCUCUCCCUCUCCCUCUGUUUUUGAAGUGAUAAAUGAAUGCCCUGUGAUCAGAGUGAUACAUAGCUAAUAAACACUUUCUAAUAUUUAUCAUUUUCAUUUAUACUUU